UCUCCCCUCUCCCAGCUUUCCCGUUCCAGCUCCUCCCCUCCUCCGCGUCUCCUCGCUCCCCUCCCCCUCCUCCGCCGCUCCCUGCCCCCGCCGCCGAUCUCCAUCUCCGCAGUCUGGGCCGCUGGGUGCAGAAGCUGCCGCAGCCCCGGCGGCCACUGCCGCCUCCCCCAAUCCGGAUACCCAUUGUCUCCCACUCCACCUGGCCCUCCACCUCCCACACAACCAUGGCGCACGAAGCCGGGAGGAGCUCUCGUCUCGGGGGGCCCUGCGGGGAGCCGGCGGAGCUCGGAGGUGAUGCUAGCGAGGAGGACCACCCCCAAGUCUGUGCCAAGUGCUGCGCACAAUUCACUGACCCAGCUGAAUUCCUCGCCCACCAGAACGCAUGUUCUCCUGACCCCCCUGUAAUGGUGAUAAUUGGGGGCCAGGAGAACCCCAACAACUCUUCGACCUCUUCUGAACCCCGGCCUGAGGGCCACAGCAGUCCCCAGGUCAUGGAGGCCGAGCAGAGCAACCCCUCGGAUUCCGGGUCCUCUGUACCCACGGAUCCCACCUGGGGCCCAGAGCGGAGGGGAGAGGAGUCUUCGGGGCACUUUCUCGUAGCUGCCACAGGUACAGCAGCUGGGGGAGGUGGGGGCCUGAUCUUGGCCAGCCCUAAGCUAGGAGCAACUCCAUUACCUCCAGAAUCCACUCCUGCACCCCCCCCUCCUCCACCUCCUCCUCCGCCCCCAGGUGUAGGCAGCGGCCACUUGAACAUCCCUCUGAUCUUGGAAGAGCUCCGGGUACUGCAGCAGCGGCAGAUCCAUCAGAUGCAGAUGACGGAGCAAAUCUGCCGGCAGGUGCUGCUACUUGGCUCCUUAGGCCAGACGGUGGGCACCCCUUCCAGCCCCUCCGAGUUACCUGGGACAGGCGCCACCUCCUCCACCAAGCCCUUGCUCCCCCUCUUCAGCCCCAUCAAGCCUGUCCAAACUGGCAAGACACUGGCGCCUUCCUCCACCUCCUCCUCCUCAGGGGCGGAAACACCCAAGCAGGCUUUCUUCCACCUUUAUCAUCCACUGGGGUCACAGCACCCUUUUGCUGCCGGAGGGGUCGGGCGAAGCCACAAACCCACCCCUGCCCCCUCCCCGGCCCUGUCAGGCAGCACAGAUCAGCUGAUUGCCUCGCCUCAUCUGGCAUUCCCAGGCACCACGGGACUACUGGCAGCACAGUGUCUUGGGGCAGCCCGGGGCCUCGAGGCUACUGCCUCCCCAGGGCUCCUGAAGCCAAAGAAUGGAGGUGGUGAGCUGGGCUAUGGGGAAUUGAUGGGUCCCUUGGAGAAGCCCGGUGGACGGCACAAGUGCCGCUUCUGUGCCAAAGUAUUUGGCAGUGACAGUGCCCUGCAGAUCCACCUGCGUUCCCACACAGGUGAGAGGCCCUAUAAGUGUAAUGUCUGUGGCAACCGCUUUACCACGCGUGGCAACCUCAAAGUGCAUUUCCACCGGCAUCGGGAGAAGUACCCGCACGUGCAGAUGAACCCUCACCCGGUACCAGAGCAUCUGGACUACGUCAUCACCAGCAGCGGCUUGCCCUAUGGUAUGUCCGUGCCGCCAGAGAAGGCCGAGGAGGAGGCGGCCGUGCCAGGUGGCGGUGUGGAACGCAAGCCUCUGGUGGCCUCCACCACGGCACUCAGUGCCACAGAGAGCCUGACGCUGCUCUCCACCGGGGCAGGCACAGCCACGGCUCCUGCGCUCCCUGCUUUCAAUAAGUUCGUGCUCAUGAAAGCGGUAGAGCCAAAGAGUAAAGCUGAUGAAAACACCCCACCCGGGAGCGAGGGCUCGGCCAUCGCCGGGGUGGCAGAAAGUGGCACAGCAACCCGCAUGCAGCUAAGUAAGCUGGUGACUUCGCUACCCAGCUGGGCCCUGCUCACCAACCACUUUAAGUCCACUGGUAGCUUCCCCUUUCCUUAUGUGCUAGAGCCCUUGGGGGCUUCACCCUCUGAGACCUCCAAGCUGCAGCAACUGGUAGAGAAGAUUGACCGUCAGGGAGCCGUGGCAGUGGCCUCUACUGCUUCGGGAGCCUCCACAACCUCUGCCCCUGCAACUUCAUCCUCAGCCUCAUCGGGACCUAACCAGUGUGUCAUUUGUCUCCGCGUGCUGAGCUGUCCUCGAGCGCUGCGCCUGCAUUACGGCCAACAUGGAGGUGAGCGGCCCUUUAAGUGCAAAGUGUGUGGCAGAGCUUUCUCUACCCGGGGCAAUCUGCGUGCACAUUUCGUGGGCCACAAGGCUAGUCCAGCUGCCCGGGCUCAGAACUCCUGCCCCAUUUGCCAGAAGAAGUUCACCAAUGCUGUUACUCUGCAGCAGCAUGUUCGGAUGCACCUGGGGGGCCAGAUCCCCAACGGUGGUACCACGCUCCCUGAAGGUGGGGGAACUGCCCAGGAGAACGGCCCUGAGCAGUCUGCAGUCUCUGGGGCGGGGAGCUUCCCCCAGCAGCCAUCCCAGCAGCCAUCCCCAGAAGAGGAGUUGUCCGAAGAGGAAGAAGAGGACGACGAAGAAGAGGAAGACGUGACUGAUGAAGAUUCCCUGGCAGGGAGAGGCUCCGAGAGUGGAGGUGAGAAGGCGAUAUCAGUGCGUGGUGAUUCAGAAGAGGCCUCCGGGGCAGAGGAGGAAGUGGGAACUGUGGUGGCAGUGGCCACAGCUGGGAAGGAGAUGGACAGUAAUGAGAAAACGAUUCAACAGCCUUCUCUGCCGCCGCCGCCGCCGCCGCCGCCUGACAGCCUGGAUCGAACGCAGCCAGUGGAGCAGGGCGGCAGUGAUGUUGCAGGAGGCACAGAAGAGGGGGCCAAACCGGAGAGGAGCGCCAGCCCAGUGUCAGCGUUGGUCCUAGAAGGGGAAGGCAGCAGCCCCACCUUGGUGGAGGAGCUGAGCCUGCAGGAAGCGAUGAGAAAGGAGCCCGGAGAGAGCAGUAGCAGAAAGGCCUGUGAGGUGUGUGGCCAGACCUUUCCCACCCAGGCAGCUCUGGAGGAGCAUCAGAAGACCCACCCCAAGGAGGGGCCGCUCUUCACUUGUGUUUUCUGCAGGCAGGGCUUUCUCGAACGGGCUACCCUCAAGAAGCAUAUUCUGCUGGCUCACCACCAGGUACAGCCCUUUGCCCCCCACGGCCCUCAGAAUAUUGCUGCUCUUUCCUUGGUCCCUGGCUGCUCACCCCCCAUCACUUCCCCAGGGCUCUCCCCCUUUCCCCGGAAAGAUGACCCCACGAUCCCAUGAGCCUGUUUUUCUGAACCUGCUGCCCCUUGACCCGGGGGGAAGAAACUGAGAGCUCUGUAGGAGGACCUCCAAGAUCUGUGAGCCCUUAUUUGUCUAUUUCUCUGAGUUCUUAUAUUGAUGUGUCCCUAAUGGCUUUUCUCUAAUCCCUGAGCUUUGAAAUCCUUGUGCUUACAGGGAGAUGGCCCCCUGAGAAACUUUUCUUUCCUCUUCAUUCAUUGUACCUGAGGAAAAUAGAUUCUCUACAGCUUUCACAUUCCCAAGAAGAACCCUCUCCACCUUCCCUGGGAAUGACCCUUCUACCCUCUCCUCUCCCUUUCCCUUUGGCAGGUGCAUCUGAGCACCCACAUUUGGAAUUAUAGCCCAGCCCGAAGGGGCCAGCAGCUGUCCCUGGAGGGCCUAGGGCCACUCCUCUCUGGUGACCAGGUCAACCUGCAGGACUUCUUGUCCCAGGGCAUUCCUGCCCAGCUGGUGAGGGUGGGCCCCCUGUCUUGCUGAAACCAGGACACGGCUUUCCUGUCAAGUGACCUGCCCACCAAGCCCCAGAGUUCCAGCUCCAUCUCCAUCUCCACUACCCCUUCAGGCCCUGCACCACCAGUGCUGUUUGGCCCAGGAACUGUGGCUGAGAAGUUGCCUCCAGCAAUGGGAUCCAGAGAAGCCAAGGAGAAGAGAUUCCCCCCUCCUCCUCUUUUGGCCUCUGGCAUCCAAGACAGUGCCUGAGAAAGCCCAUCAUAGAAGAGAAGUAGCAAACUGUACAUUUCUUCUCCUUCCCCCUGCUCCAGAAGGUGCCACAGUGAAGAUGCAACAAUAUCAGUAUCUGGUGGCUCAGCCCCAGGGUGUAGGGAGAAACGAAGGGCGUAGGACACUCUUCCCAGUAGUAAGGCACUAAUGUGCCUUCGUCACGUUAAGGCAGAGGUGUUGGCUGGUUAAUAUGCCAAGAUGUUUUGAGCUUCUCAUAUCUUUCACCCUUGCCUCUGAGUUAGGAAACAAGUGGAUUUCUUGCUGAGAGGUCUCCCAUGGGACGGAUAUUUUGGGGAAGGAAAUGUGAAGUUCAUAUCUUUAACAAGCAUUGUUGAUGACGGUUAGCUGAAGGAAUAAUGGAGAGUUUAGGAGUGUUGCUAAAGCAUAGGGCUUGCUGAGAAGCUAUGUGAUUAAGAAAGGGGUGUGAUGUAAGGGAGGGGACCUCAAACUCUUAAUUGGAUGGGUCGACGGGUGUCAUGAAUGUUCUUUUGAACUCAUGGUGACUUUAGUGUGCAGCAGUGCACCAUGGAUCAUGGGGGACUUCCUAGCACUAGUGUGCUUCUAGUUUUAGAUAACUCCCUCCUCUAUUCCCUGGCCCCUUGUAUUUUCCUCAUCUUCCUCUUUCAAGGUCCACUUCCUUCCCAUUUUGCCUGUCCACGGACCAGGGCUUAUGUCUUUGCCGCUGUCUGGUUCUUAGAGUCCCAGACUUUGGGAGAUGAGCCCUAGGUGCUGUCCUCCCUGCCUCUCCGUUUUGUAAUGAGAUGUAGUAUUUACUCUUAACAUAGGAUCAUUUGGAACAGGAGCUCUGAGGAGGAGGGAGUGAGGGUUCUGCUAUUGACUGGCUUGAGUGAUGGCUCCUCCUCCAAAGGUGUAGGCUCCAGUUUCCUAACAUAGUAAAAUGUGAAGAGCAGACAACGGAGAUGUUAGUGUCUUUCCCUUUUCAUUAAAGGUGUUUUAA